UCCUGGCUUCUCGUCGCCAUGAUGGUUAGCUAUAUCUAUUGAUUCUGCCCCUGUGUCAAUUCCCAAUACGACUAAUUGUAAGUUAACAAUGACCAGGUCUAAUAUUUGGAGAUACAGGUUUCGUUAAAGAAUGGUCAUCAUGGGAGUAGUGGACAGGUGAUUAAAUAGACGAUUUAACGGCUUCGUUCGACAGUUCCGUUUUCUGACAACUGUAGCCGCAAUUAUCUCGACGAAAGAGACCAGCCGGUAGACGAGUGACGGCCCGUCACUGACAGUGACGGUCGAGAAAUACCAGGAGAGGGAGAGGCAGGGAGAGGAACUCGAUGCACGCCGCAUGUAUAGAUAUCGUAACCCUGUUUCGUGAUCGUGAUAUGUCAAGUGUGUGUACUUCAUAAUUGCUUGACGUUUCAUUCAAAUCCGUACGCGUGAUUGUAUCGUAAAUAAAUACCAAUUUUCGAACGAAGGACUUCGUCUCUCCGCUCCCAUUUCUGUGCAAUUUCUAUUCUAUUCGAUGCGCUCGAUGAUAAAAUGAAAUCUUGUAAUGACCAGUCGAUGUUGACCGUUUCGUGGAGAAUCGACUAUCUCUUAAGCAAUCUUUAACAAUUCCGUUUCCUAUGCAAAAUUAUGCGGAACGCGUGCAUCGUUGAUCAUGCGUGUGCAUAAGCGGUAAGCAGUGUGGAACAAAAUGAUUAUUGGGUUUUUCAAUCGGUCGAUUGUCGCGUCACGAAGAUACACUGCCAAAUGUUUCAACGUUACGUAGUGACUGUAGCCACACAGGAGACUAGAGGACAAAACGCGUAUUUUGUAACGCGAACGUAUAAAAUGUGAUGCCAAGAAUCAAGAAGGAACUGGUAAAAGAAAAGGAAGAGAGGCAAGGAGUACAGACGCAACGAACAAGGGGCAACUCUGUACUCUGACAAUGACUGGAUAGGAAGGAGUCGAGAACACUCGUCGUAACAUGAUACAUUCUUUCCUCGAGGAAGGUGCCUGGUGUUACUGGGUCGUAUCUGUCGGAGCAUUGCUGACGUUCCUUGGUCUCAUCGUCGCUUGCAUUUGUAGCUGCCGUCGUAACGAGAACAAAAAUGAAUUUCUCGGCCUCGCUGGAAUGGUAACGUUAAAAGAUUCUGACAACGAUGGCCUUAACAGAAUUCCAACUACGGACGUCGUUCGAGUAACAACACAGGAUGCGACCGACAGUGGAAAGAGAUCAACUGGUGCCAAUAGAAGUCUUCCAGACAUACCAAAAGAUAAGGAAAAAAGGUGCGAAGAUACGAACGCGUGUGCAUCUCAAGACAUCUAUGAGACGACCGAAGCGAUCGGUGAUCAUUCAGAAUUGUACGCCACAGUGCGGGAUGCAGCGGGUAAAGAAGGAAUAUCUGAACUGGAUGCAGUGGAGGUUUCGCAUAAAAGUACCUUGAGCCAAGAAGGUUCGGACGAUCAGUACUCGAGGUUCGCUUCGUCGCCUAAUUCAGACAAUGUCGAACAUCCUUACGCUCAACUGCAAAGCGUUCAAAAAUCAGAGAUCAAUCAGUCGAACCGGAGCAGUGGGAAGAUCGUCGACGCGGAGGUACCAUCGACGUCGGCGAAUCAAACGAACGGGAAUCCGAUCGCGCCACCGAGGACGCGACGAUCCUCCUCGCAUAAUUCUCUUCUGUCCACCGAUGAUGGACACGUGACUUGCGACAUUCAAGCGGCGAAUGCCAUAUCGGGCGCGGUACAAGCUAAUCAGGAUUUACCGUAUAUGACGCCACCGCUGCUGAUGUUGCUCCCUCAGCCGCCUCAGCCUCCGACGAACAACCCGCAGCAGCAUUUCAGCGGAGAUUCUCAAGAUUCUAAAGGGUAUACGAGCAUCAGCGUCAGGGAGCCUUUGGCCAACAUUAUCGCUCAAACUAAAACGAGGCAGAAUCAGUCGAUUCGGCCCCUUACGGAUCCCCAUUAUGCGACCGUGUCGGACGAUUCCGACGAGAUGUACGCUGCGAUUGACGAACAGGACAAGGUGUACACCAGCGGUAGCGAGACGUACGCACAGAUACAACCGACGAUGACGGAGGUCCAACGCGUGCAAAACGAACAGAACUCGUUCCCUCGAGCUCCCUCUCGAUCGGACGAAAUCUAUCCAGCCCCACAGCCACCGAGCGUAGACAGUUUACGACACGUUGCACACGCUCACUCCCGGCAAGCUUCGUCCUCGAGCGCUACGAGCUCGAUAAUAAAUCCUGGCUCACCGAAACCGGAGAAACGACAGGCUAACUCUCCGUUACCGCCGCCGCCGCCACCGCCGGAGGGAAACGCGUCAACGACAGAAAUGUACGCGUCGAUCGAGAAGAAGACGAAGAACGAGGAUCGUUUGAAACCGGCUCUGUCCAAUGGGAAAUCUCUGGAAGACAUGUACGCAAAAGUGAUGAAGAAGAAGAAGGAUACGGAGGAGCAGCAGAACGACGCGUAUCCGGCGCAUGCCGUCCACGGAUACGUCCACUGCGAGACGCUCGUCGUUGGCGCGGUGAGGAAACCGAGUCUCGUCGAAGGUAGUAGGAUUUCAUGGUCUAGUCACGACUCGACAGAGUUGCAAAAAAAGGAAUCCGAUCAUCUAGACACGGAGGUCGUGACGAGAUCAUCGUUGUCGUCGACGUCGUCGUCCUCCUCGAGAGCCGAUAACGCGAACGCUGCACUCUUCCCUGCCCGGGACGCUUGCGAUCCGAAUUACGAGCCGUUAUACGCGCAGCAACGCGUUGGCCAGGAUACCGCGUCGAAUCACCAAUCAUCGAAACUACCCACCGCGUCGGUCCCUUUAAGAAAUAGUACGGAUUCAACGAUCCUUUCGUCUACUCAUUCUUUUUUCCCUACUAUUUCUACUGCCGUUACUAGCACUACCACUACUGCGGCCACGGCUCUGACCGCUACUGUGGAUACAGCGACGACUACCGUCGUGACUGCUGCUGCUACUACUAGUACUACUGUUCUUGCUUCUGCGUCUUCUACUUCGUACGGUUUACCCUUCAAGCACCGGCAAGUCAGUAACGCCAGCAGCGAGGAUCCAGGGUAUGAGAAAGUUAGACUGAGAAAAAAGUCUGAGAUGGAUCAGGACACAGAUUCGGAACCGAAUUACGAAAGUAUGCCACACGAUCCAGGAGAGCCGAGCUAUGCGUCGGUCUGUCGGCCCGGUGACAGCGACACGGAUCCCAACUACGAAUCCGUUAAUCACGGUGAUCCUAAUUACGAGAGCGUUAAGUACAUGAGCGUCGCCCGUAGUACCGAGGAACCGCCGUACGAGCAGGUGGCCGCUUAUAAGGCGGAUCAGGACGCGAACGGGUACGAGAAAGUGAGGAAACACGCGUCGUUCAAUGCCGAUUACGAACGCAUACAUCAGGUCCAUGUCGCCGGACCGAUCAACGGAGACACCGAUGACGAGCAGUACGUCCAAGUCUAGUCGUUCGUUCUCUACUUCUUUUUUCCUGCCCUUUUGCUUUCCGUACGUUAAUCACUGUCCGAGCAGUCUUUUCUAACUUUACUAACGAAACAGUAAUGAAUAACCCGUAAACUUUUAAACUGCGUGCGUGUACCGUAAGUAUGUAUAUGCAUGUGCAAAGUUUCAUACGCUUAAAGUGACGCAUCCAGAGUCAACGUGACUCCAAUCGGGAUCGGUAGAGACCGGCGUACUUUCGCUCGGUGAACGUAGUAUAUGUAUAAUCGCUUAUCGACGAAUCAUCGAAGGCAAACACACAUAGCGGUUAAGUAAUCGCGUUUGCUUUAAAUAUCUACGACAAUUUGUAUUCUUUUAUAUGUAUUUUUCACGAGAUCGAAUGUUUUUCGGUAAAAUAAAAUGAAAGAGAAAAUAA